AUGGAGGCUCUCGUGGCGUUCAGCAUUGCUUGUAACGUCGUCCAGGUUCUUGACUUCAGCUUGAAGAUCUUCCGGGAGUGCAAACAGUUAGCCGACAGUGGCUCAACCGCCAGGUUGGAUGAAUUCAACUUGGUCUCGAAGCAGCUCGAAGGUCUUUGCCAGGGCCUUGACAGGUCGCUGGCAAGUGCGCCAAAACCUCUCGGCAAAAAUGAUGACGACUUACUCGAGCUGGCUAAGAGUUGUGCCCAAGCAGCCCAUGAUGUCCAAGCAAGGCUCGACGAGAUAAUGAUGAACAAGAAAGAGCCACGUGGCAAAUUCGACAAAAUGCGUAAGAUGGUCACGAGCAGCAGGUCAGUCACAGCUGUCUACAACAAAUUACGCGAGUACGAAAGACUCUUGAGCACACAAAUAUUGGUGCAGCUCAGUCGCCGUCAAGAAGACAUUCAUCUUCUCCAGCAGAGCAGAUCCGAGCAAGUCGAUUUACAACUGCGCGCUUUUCUCACCCACUUGUCCCAAGGAGUCACCGAGAUCUCGGCAUUGGUAACAAAUUGCCACGAAGAAGCCAAAGACCUUCUGGUGACACAGCAUGUGGCGGUUCAGCGGAGCCUCGCCCGUCAGACGACUACGCUGAAUCGCUCGAUUGCGAACGAGCACACCAUCUCACGUCAACUCAUCCGCGAUGACAUCUCAGCCACUCAUACUCUACUGCAAUCCACGGCCCACGACCUACAAAAAGCGUCUGUUACGGCACAAUCCCGUGAAAGCCUGCUUGCAAGCCUCUACUACCCUGAAAUAUGGCAUCGGCAAGAGCAAAUCGCGUCCGUGCACACCAAAACGUAUGAAUGGAUUUUCCAGGAGGAUGAAAAUCACUCGAGACCGUGGCACUGUUUAACCAAGUGGCUGAAAUCACAGGGCCCAAAUUAUUGGGUAAGUGGUAAGCCAGGAAGUGGAAAAUCAACCUUGAUGAAGUUCAUCAAUGGAGACGAACGGACGAGACAAUUUCUGCGCCAGUGGUGCGCGACCGAGCCACUGGUAUUGAGCUUCUUCUUCUGGAAAGCCGGCUCUCCACUUCAGCGAUCCGCUCAGGGCAUGUUACGCUCGCUGCUUUACCAACUAUUCAGAUUGAACCAUGGAGUGGCAGAUGAACUAUUGAGGAGGGAUAUCGAACUGGGGCUCAGAACUCCCAACUCAGUCUGGUCCGAGCUGUCCUUGAAGCAUCUUCUUGACAUGACCUUGGGUCUGUUAUCAAGCAAAGCUUUAUUUGUCCUCGUGGAUGGCUUGGACGAGAUGCAAGAAGAAGACGGAGGUUUCGAUCUCAAGACUCUGCUAAUAUACCUCAACGACAUCUCGUCUCGAAACAACAUCAAAAUUUGUUUCUCCAGUCGCCCUGGGAAUCCGAUGUCGUCGAUUUUCGCGGACAUACCGCAGCUCAGACUCGAGGACCUGACGAAAAUAGACAUGCAUCAUUAUGUGCAAGAUCUGCUCAUGGCACAUAGCGAGGUACGGCAUGUUGAACGUUGGAAGCUUGAAGAGCUUGCAGCAAGAUUGACCUUUCGGGCUGCAGGGGUCUUCCUAUGGGUUGUGUUAGCGACCAAGUCGCUGUUGAGAGGCUUGGAAAACCAUGAUACCAUGAAGGAACUAGAAGAUCGUCUGGCCAAGCUCCCGUCAGGACUUGAAAACCUGUAUGUCACAAUGUGGUCGAGCUUGGGCGAAGACGAACGACUCUAUCGAAGAGAGGCCGCGAACUUGCUGAAAUUUGCACUUUUGCACCAGGAGAAUUCAGUAUGCUGGCCUCUCUCCUUGUUUGGCCUCGUCGUGGCUCUCGAGCCUGAUCUCGUGGGUACGGUCUUCACGACAGGCAAAUUACUCUCACUCCGACGAGUAGUGAUGGCUUGUGAACGUAUGAAGAAACGCCUAUCCGUCAUCUGUGCAGGCCUAUUGGAAGUUGGUCCGCUCCGUGGUGCGAAGUGGCCCGUUGAUACCUCGGAUCAGACGGAUUGCAUCAAUGCUACAGACAUAUCGUCACCCUGUCUAUUAAGACGAGACGCAGAUGUGAGUGAAGAGCAAGAUGCGGACUGGCAGAUGCUAUACUUCAUGCACAACGAGACGUCGGUCAAUUUCGUUCACCGUUCCGCCAUUGAUUUCCUCAGCGACACCGUAACUGGUCAGCAGAUACUGUAUCAUGCAGAUCUGACAGAUCUCGAGGUCUGUACCAGGCUGCUCAAAGGGGAUUUCGCGGCAUAUGCUAUGCGUCUUUCCUCGCUGGAUUUGUCUGGCCUCAUGAUCCACAUAGAUUUCGUGCACAACAUGUUCACGACACGCCUCCAUCAAACAGUCGACAAUGAACCUCAAGGCCGCGAUAUCCUGCAAGUGCUGCACGACUACACGGUGCAAGCCAUUGCCCUGCAGGAUACACGCGCGAUCAUUACCAAAGGGGACUGGCUUAUCGAUCGGAGUGACCCGCUUAUGCAAUAUCGAGGUUUUCUGGGCUUCGUGAUGAGUGUCCCCACUCCCUUCCCAGGGGUAGGCCAGCGAAGCCCAUUUGUGGAUUCCAGGUGGGCCUUCAACAGGAUGAAAGAAUCUGAUCAGAGUUACAAAAAUUAUCUUCUUGCCUGCGCUGUCGGGGGCAGUGGGAAGUCUGUCGAGAUUCUGUUGCAGCAUGGGGCUGAUCCUCGCUCAAGUUCGAAACUCGGAAUAAAUGCGCCAGCUGCCGAGAGUUCGUGGAGUAUCGCUCUUCGGAUGUUCCUGGAAAAUCACGACGAGCUUGUGGAAGCGGAAUCGCAGACGAGGGAUAUACUCACAGCCUUCCUUAACCACCAAGCUGACCUAGACGAGGCUGUCGUACAAGAGAUUGAACUAUUCGAAUUUUCAGAGUCGCGUUGCUGGCAAUGCGAGGGCCAUGUUGACAUGAAUCGCGCACAGCUACAGAUGAAUCUUAAGACACCGGUGACUUUCCUCCGAGGCAUCAAAGCAGUUGAUGUAGUCGAUUUCCUCCAAAAAGCAGGCAACGCAGCAAACGCCGAGGGGAAAGGCUCUGCCCGCUUCCACAAACUUUUGUGCCAUGGAUCUCUUGUUGGAGCACUUCCUUGGAGAUAUGUCGCCCAUGACUGCGAGGUGGGUUUCCGGCUGGUCGGUGAAUGGCCCCGAUACAAGAAAGUCCUCUGCAAGGCAUGGCACGUCGUGCAAGCAGACCAAAUUCCAAUCGAUCAUCAUUUCUAUGAAAAAUGUGAUGCAUUAAGCGCCGCUCUCAUUGAGCUGUCAAAGCCAAUUUCUGGCGAAAAUCUCCUUAAGUAUCUUCAUUUCAGACCGGAACAGACGCCCGAUUUCCAACAAGAGCUGCUCGUGUCCUUCGAGGAAAGAGCGCAAGCCUACAAGCGCCAACGCUGGGAUGCGGGAAUGAGAGAAAGCGCUCCAGCACGCGAGGCAACGACAUGACAAUGCAUGAACAAAAGAUAUGACGGAUUGUGACCUGAGUAGUUGUGAAUGGAUUUAACCCAGUGGGAAAUUGAUGAACCUAAAUCGACUAUUUCUUCAAUGCAUUGAAUCUACAUUGUCCAGCGCAGAUUAGCAACGCU